GUAACGCUACAUCCACCCACCAAGUCCAUAUAUUCCAAACAGUAGGCUUUGUCUAUCAAGCGCACGCGACAGACAAAGAAAAAUACAGCCCGACAGUAAGAAUGCGCAAACGAUUGGGCAUUUGACAACAAACAGCUGUUCGGAUCGAUUCUGUGAUUGUUUACGUGUAAAUUUUCAGUUCGCUAGACUACUUUCCCCAUAAGAAUUUGGUAUGGAUAUAUAAAAUUGCCGGUGUCCCAAAUUUAUCAUUUCUCUAUCGCGAUGAGAGUGUUGGCAUGCGAAAAUGUUGAGUGUAAAUUGUUUAAAGGUGAUAACUUGUGCGCUCAUUUUCAAUCAGUGCUUCGGUUUCUUUAAUCAGCCCCAGAAAUCUCACGAGCACGAUGACUGUUUUUGUCAGUUGGAAGGCAAAAUCGACGAAUGCUCCUGCAAUAUUGAUACAGUGGACAGUUUUAACAACGUGAAAAUCUACCCUAGAUUGCAGAGUCUGCUUGUGAAGGAUUAUUUCCGAUUUUUUAAGGUAAACCUCAAGCGUCCCUGUCCGUUUUGGGUGGAUGAUGGUGGCUGUGCUAUGCGGUAUUGUCAUGUAGAAUAUUGCGAAGAAAAUGCCAUCCCAGUAGGUUUAAAAGGCGAAAGAACAGCCAGCAAUCACAAUAAAUACACUGCAGGCCCAGAAAGCUGCAAUGAGCAUCAGGAUCUCGGUUAUCUCAACAAAACCAUUAGUGAGAAGGCCCAACAUGACAUGGAAAAAUGGGCCGCUCACGACGAUGCUCUGGACAAUUUCUGCAUUAAAGAUGACCAAGGAGAAGGUGCAGAGUAUGUGGACCUUCUUUUAAACCCUGAAAGAUUCACCGGAUAUGCCGGAGAAUCCGCUCACAGAGUAUGGCGCAGUAUCUACUUGGAAAACUGCUUUAGACCUAAGGAAACUUUCAGUUUCAAUCCUUACAUUCAGGCUGCUAAGUUGAAUAACAUGUGCUUGGAGGAAAGAGCAUUCUAUAGGGCAGUAUCCGGGUUGCAUGCCAGCAUCAAUAUCCACCUUUCGGCGAAGUAUUUGCUGUCUGGCAGAAAUGGGCUAUCUUUAAAGGACCCAAACGGAGAAUGGGGCCCAAAAUUGGAUGAGUUCAAACGGCGGUUUUCACCAGAAUUGACCAAUGGCGAGGGCCCUAAUUGGCUGAGGAAUUUGUACUUCGUUUAUUUACUGGAGCUUAGAGCCAUUGCAAAAGCAGCCCCAUUAUUGGAAAGAGAGAAUUUCUACACAGGCGAUGAUUCUGAAGAUUACGAUACGAAAAUGGCGAUAAAAGACCUACUUUCCGUCAUAAAGAAAUUUCCUGAACAUUUCGAUGAAACCACCAUGUUCAGGGGAAGUAAAGAAGCUGAGAAACUUAAAUACGAGUUCAAGCAGCAUUUCCGAAACAUUACCAGAAUAAUGGACUGUGUGGGAUGCGAUAAGUGUAGGCUGUGGGGCAAACUACAGACGCAAGGUUUGGGUACAGCUUUGAAAAUUUUAUUUAGUGGAAAGUUCGAUUACGAUGGGUCGGGAAAAUUGGUGAAUAAAACAGACAUGCAGCUGCAGAGGAACGAGAUUGUUUCCCUUCUGAAUGCGAUUGGACGGUUGUCUACCAGUAUCUACAAGCUGGAUGAUUUUAGGCAAAUGAUUCGGUAAUAUUCGAUCAACCACCAACUAGUUUAUUGGACUAUUUUGGUGAAGUUUUUAUUGCUUAUCUAUUUUAAUUGUGUUGGAUAUUAGACGAGCACAGGGUAGUUCGUGACAUGAGAAAAAGGCAAUUUAUUUCGUGGGGCGAUGAAAAUGCCGUUAUUAGCUCACUGUUUUUUUUUAUGAGAUUUUAAUACUAUGGAUGUUAACAAUUAUUCCACUUAGCAAAUAUGUACUUUAGGUACAAAUGGUCCCAUUGGGUCUAAUAUAAAACUAUAUGCUUUGAAUUUUGGGUGUAUAGUUAUUGUGUAGAACAUUAGAAUUAACUUAUUGUUAAUGUUGCAUUUAAUAUUCAUAUACAUUUAAUGUAUACUUAGGAAAUCUGUGAUGUACAUUUGUUAAAUUAUUUAUACAACAACGGUGUUCGCACUAACACUAAGAUAGUUAGGUAACAUUUAUAGUAAUAUAUAUUUAUUUAUUUUCCUUGGAAGGCUGAAUAAUAAUUUAUUUGUUUAUAAUAAAUGGUUUCCCUAUUGACUUGAA